CGAGUGCUUUUCUCUCCCGGCUGCGCGAGCGCCGGGGUGUCGGGCGCCUGCGCAGAGCCGGGGGCCUGCCCCCUGGCCGGAGUCUGGGGGACGGGCCGGCAGCUGGGAGGCGAUGGAGCACAAAAGCGGCCUGGAGGGUGGACCGGAGCUGGAGCAGGAGGAGGGAGAGCCCGAGGUGAAGAAGCGCCGACUUCUGUGUGUGGAGUUUGCCUCGGUAGCGACUUGCGACGCUGCCGUGGCUCAGUGCUACCUGGCCGAGAACGAUUGGGAGAUGGAAAGAGCGCUGAACUCCUACUUCGAGCCGGCCGUGGAGGAGAACGCUUUAAAAAGCCGUCCUGAGACCCCCUCUGAGCCCGAGUCCUGUGUUGACUUAACCAAGGAAGAAACAAGUGAUUCCUUUAGUUGUAAAACCAGCACAUCUGAAAAUGUUCAGCAAGAAGAUGGCAGUGUGUUCUCUUUCAUUACCUGGAAUAUAGAUGGAUUGGACCUAAACAGUCUGCUCGAGAGGGCUCGAGGGGUGUGUUCCUAUUUAGCAUUGUACAGCCCAGAUGUGAUAUUCCUACAGGAAGUUAUUCCCCCGUAUUAUACCUACCUUAAGAAGAAAGCAAGUAGUUAUGAGAUUAUUACAGGUCGUGAAGAAGGAUAUUUCACAGCUAUAAUGUUGAAGAAAUCGAGAGUGAAAUUUAAAAGCCAAGAGAUUAUUCCUUUUCCAAAUACAAAAAUGAUGAGAAACCUUUUGUGUGUGCAUGUGAGUGUGUCAGGAAAUGAACUUUGCCUUAUGACUUCUCACUUGGAGAGCACCAGAGGGCAUGCCGAGGAACGAAUGAAUCAGCUGAAAAUGGUUUUAAAGAAAAUGCAAGAGGCUCCAGAGUCAGCUACAGUUAUAUUUGCAGGAGAUACAAAUUUAAGGGAUCAAGAAGUUACCAAAUGUGGUGGCUUACCCAACAACAUUUUGGAUGUCUGGGAGUUUUUGGGCAAACCUAAGCAUUGUCAGUAUACAUGGGAUACCCAAAUGAACUCUAAUCUUGGAAUAGCUGCUACUUGUAAGCUUCGUUUUGAUCGAAUAUUUUUUAGAGCAGCAGCAGAAGGCAGUCACAUCGUUCCCCGAAGCUUGGACCUCCUUGGGUUGGAAAAACUGGACUGUGGUAGAUUUCCUAGUGAUCACUGGGGUCUUCUGUGCAAUUUAGAUAUAAUAUUGUGAAAUACCUUUCAAAUAUAAGUUUUAAAUGUUCUGAAUCAUUUUGUUCUAUGUUUUUACAAAUAGAAUUUCUACCCUCUUGGAGAGGUAGUUUAAUAUGGAGGAAUUCAUAUACUGGAUCAUUGUAACAGAAGAGAAAACUACUGUGAUUUUAUUUUGUGGAUUGUGUCCUCAGAUUUCAUAACUAAAUCUCAGUAUUUAUUUAAACUAAAGCAUACCUGUGGCCUUUAAAUGAGGGGCUAUUAGAGCUUGUAAUAGUGCUCAUAGCUGCUGGCUGGGUUUCAAGCAAGGCCAUGUUGUCUGUAGAUUAGACUUUAUAUUGAUUUAUUUUUAAAUCCAGUACCCAAAUAGUUAAUAUUUUAAAUAAAUCUUUUAAAAAAAGGAGGUUACUGUAUCCUGGGGAUUGGAUCUUUUAAUAAUAUUUCACAGAUCCAGAUAAUCUUAAAUGAAAAAGCUAUGAUCAUCUGCAUUUAAGUAGACUGCAACUGUCCUGCAUCAGACUUUAUUUUUGUUAGUUAACAGUACCUAUUUGGUAAGCUAGAAAUGAACUCAUGAUUUAAAAUUCCUUAACUUCUGGAAUUCCUGCUGUGGUGCAGUGGGUUAAGAAUCUGACUACAGCACCUUGGGUUGCUGCAGAGGUGCAAGUUCGAUCCCUGCCCCAGUGCAGUGGGUUAAAGGAUCUGGCAUUGCUGCAGGUACAGCUCAGAUUCAGUCUCUGGCCCAGGAACUUCCACAUGCCAUGGUUGUGGCCAUUAAAAAAAAUUCCUUAACUUCUAAAAACUCAUGUUUGUAAUAUGUCACCAACAGAGGCAAAUGGCUUGAUAGUGAUUAAAGUCUGUUUUAUAGCAGCAUUGGACUUUUUUCUAAGAUGAAAAUAAACAUAUAAAGAGAAA